AUGCAAUUCCUGCGCAUGUCGGAACUGAAGAAGAAGGAAGAGAGGCUCCGUGAGAGCCGAACCUUCUUCAUCCUGGGCAAUGUCCCGCAAAAGCGGGGUGUGAUUGCUGACGAGAUCGGAAUCUUCUCCCUCUACAUGGUUGAUUGGGGAAUCAACAGGUAG